GAGGAAAUUAUUCUAUUUUGUAAAGCUUGCUUACCUAAACUUGAUAAUGUAAACAACUCAGAAUUUAGAGUUAUUGGGCCCGAGGUACGACUAAGAACCCAGUAAUUAGGCUUUCUACCAAUUCUAGUUAAAUUAUAUAACUGGAAGUGACCCUAGAUCUUAUUUAUAUGUAUUAACUCACACACGCUUCAUAUUCUUUUCCCAUAACUCCUUCAUCAAUUUUCCUCUCUACGACUCGCCUUUGUCCACCAUUGUCGUCGCCCUUCUUCUUUCUUUUCUUUCACACGCAGACAAAGCAGCGAGGAUGGAUGGUGACCAGGAGCAACGACCAGCGAGGAGGAUUUUGUGGUGCUAAUUGACAUCUUCGUCGUGCUUGAUUCAUAGGGUGUAUUCGUCUAUUAAUGCAGUGGCAACGGGCGGCUAGGUAAUGGAUCGAGGUGGUCUAGCAUUGCCAGGGGGUUCCGAUAAGGGGGCUGGGCUGUCCCAGCGAGGACAAUAAGCCUGGGGUUGAUACUUCAAUAUCAAAUUUGUAUUAUCAUCACUUGACAGGUAAAAACAAAUGAGUGGAUGAGCAGCCUGGUAGUCAGUGAUGCUUCGCGACAUGGAUGGCUUGCGACUAUUAAUUUAAUUAUUUUAAUUUUUUAUACCUAUUUACUAAAACUACAAGAAUGUCUUGGAAUGUUGUUUCAAAGGCUUCCACACUAUUUUAAUUUACUACUUCGCUUAGACAUUGAAUUGUUGAAAGAUUGAACUUUUACUCAAAUUUUUUUAAGUGUUUUAAAUUAUUUGGAUUAUGGAUACCAAUUUGGUGACAACUCAAUUCGUUAAAUCAUUGUUCAGGUUUCACAGGUUGGGGUGUUAUAUGCAGGGUAGUUGGAAUAGGCUCCAUCAGGUUGAAGACUCAUAAUGGUACACUUUGCAACUCGAGUGAAGUUAGGCAUAAUCCUUUUUUGACAAAGAAUCUCAUAUCUUUGGCUCAUCUUGAUCGUAAGGGUUUCAAUUUCCAAGGGUUCUAAUUUGGCCAGUUCCAUUGCUGUUGCACCAUUUGAGAUUCAUAGAGGUAAUGAAAGUCUUGAUGUAAACGAAGAGGUUCCAUCUGCGGAGAUUGAGACUAUUGAUCACCUAGAAGAAGCAUCUAUUUCUGCGCCUAGUGACGGUGAUCAGCGCCCCGAGAGGGGGCGAUUUGGCUUCAGGUGAAGCCAUCUGGGACACUAUGUUAGCUUUAUUUGUUUUGUUCAUUCUAUGAAGAGUCAACUCUAGGUAUAGUUUGAUUCCAUUGGUCUUUCAGCUUGAGUUAUCGGUCGCAAGGCGUGAGGGAAAUCUAUUCUGAACUCAAGUAAAAUAAUCUGUUUCUGUUCCUAUUUUGGUGACAUCUGUGUCCUUGGUUGAACUUUUGAUACCUACGGUACAUCUAGUGACUUCUCGAGGAAAUCUAGUAUCUCUGCGCAUCUAAUUUCGGUGCAUCAGUUGUAUUAUGAGAGGAUUCCAACAAGCAGCUCGGAUUGCGGCCCCCAUGCGCACAUGAUCGACAAACACAAAAACCAACAACCUAUAGCCAGCUGCCAGCCUGCACGCCAAAAAACGAGCGUACAAAAGCGAGGCUAGGCCGGGCAUAUAUAUCCUCCGAGUUUGUUAGUUAUUAAUUGGUUACGUUGUUGAAGUACAAUUUGAAUUGAAGAUGAACUACUGGAAGUCUAAGGUUCUUCCCAAGAUCAAGAAGGUAUUCGAUACUAAAGGCGGCGCUGUGAAGAAGGCUGCUGCUGCUGAGGCCUCUUCUGCCUUCGAUGACUCUAAGGAACAGUAUGCCAAAGAGUUGGAGGAGAAAAGGACGGAACUGGAGCCUAAAGUUUUUGAAAUCUUUGAAGCUUCUUCCGCCCAGAUAAAGAUAUUGAUAAAAGAACCAACAAAGAACAUAGCUGGGCUCAAGAAGAACUCAGCAGCUGUUCAGAAAUUCCUGGAUGAGCUGGUCAAGAUCGACUUUCCCGGAUCAAAGCCGGUCAGCGAAGCAAGUUCAAAGUUAGGGCCGGCUUACGUGUCCGGUCCGGUGAAAUUUAUAUUCGAGAAAGUUGCUGUGCUCAUCCCGGAGGAGAAGAAGAAAGAAAAUGAUGGACUGCCAACAGAGGCAAAAGAAGAUUCCGGCGACGCAAAAGCAGGAGAGGUAGUGGUUGAAGAAGGCUCAAAAGCGGUGGCCUCUCCACCGGUGGUGGAGUCCGCUCCGGCGACUGAACCAGCCGCCGCUGCCGCAGCUGAACCGCCAAAGGUGGAAGAGAAACAAGCAACGGUUGAUGAACCAACAAAAGCAUGAUCUUUAAUUUGGAAGGAAACUAUUACAAAUAUACACACACAUAUUGGGUAUAUAGGUGCUUUUGUGGAUAAAAAGAAAAAUCGAUAUUCAAUUUGUGCAGCGUGAGACGAAACUCAAGUUAUUUUGUGUUGUGAAUUAUGAUGCCAUGUAUUCCUUAUAUUUAUUCGUGAUUAUUUACUCGUGUCUUUUUAUGUAUAAUAUAAAUUUCAUAUAAAUAUACCUUGUUGCU